ACCCAGGAGGCGGAGGCUGCCGUGAGCCGAGAUCAUGCCACUGUUGUCCAGCCUGGGUGACAGAGCGAGACCCUGUCUCAAAACAAACAAAUAUGCAAUUCUAUAGGCCGAGGUAUUCACAGACCACAUUCAUCAAUGCAUGUUUUCAACCAACGUGUAGUGUACGUGAGGUGAGAGUUCACCUAACCUAAAAUUGGAAUGUUUGUGGGAAUAUUUCAGAAACAGGAAAGCCCAGGUCCCAUGGGAGGCGUUGGGGGCUGGCCGGGUUUUGCGGCACCUUUUACCUUCCCAGCCCCUGCCCUGGACCUGAGGCCCCUCCUGAUGGGCCCGGCCCUUUUCUUCCCUGCCCGAAGAGUGUGCCCAAGUCAGUUCCACCAAUGCCUCUGCUGUGGCUGCCACACCCUAAGAGGCAGCAAGGAAGGUGGGUAAGCCGGGGGUCCAGCUCUGGACCUUGGUUCAUUCACACCUCCCCACGCCCUCAGUGCUCCCUGGCGCCCACACGUGGCCUGUGCAUCCUCCUGUCGCAGCCUGCAGACCCCACACCCCUCACGCCCCAGGCUCAGCCUCAGCCUUGCAGCCUCUCGUCUCCGAUGGGGGGGCCUCUCUGCACCCUGCCCUCUGCGGUGGAUGCCAGCUCCCAGCCAGAGCCAGCUAUCAGUGACUGAAGGCCCGGCAGAUGUUUGAGGGGGAGGUGGCCAGCCUGGAGGCCCUCCGGAGCACGGGCCUGGUGCGGGUGCCGAGGCCCAUGAAGGUCAUCGACCUGCCGGGAGGUGGGGCCGCCUUUGUGAUGGAGCAUUUGAAGAUGAGGAGCUUGAGCAGUCAAGCAUCAAAACUUGGAGAGCAGAUGGCAGAUUUGCAUCUUUACAACCAGAAGCUCAGGGAGAAGUUGAAGGAGGAGGAGAACACAGUGGGCCGAGGAGGUGAGGGUGCUGAGCCUCAGUAUGUGAACAAGUUCGGUUUCCACAAGGUGACAUGCUGCGGCUUCAUCCCGCAGGUGAAUGAGUGGCAGGAUGACUGGCCGACCUUUUUCGUCCGGCACCGGCUCCAGGCGCAGCUGGACCUCAUUGAGAAGGACUAUGCUGACCGAGAGGCACGAGAACUCUGGUCCCGGCUACAGGUGAAGAUCCCGGAUCUGUUUUGUGGCCUAGAGAUUGUCCCCGCGUUGCUCCACGGGGAUCUCUGGUCGGGAAACGUGGCUGAGGACGACGUGGGGCCCAUUAUUUACGACCCGGCUUCCUUCUAUGGCCAUUCCGAGUUUGAACUGGCAAUCGCCUUGAUGUUUGGGGGGUUCCCCAGAUCCUUCUUCACCGCCUACCACCGGAAGAUCCCCAAGGCUCCGGGCUUCGACCAGCGGCUGCUGCUCUAUCAGCUGUUUAACUACCUGAACCACUGGAACCACUUCGGGCGGGUGUACAGGAGCCCUUCGCUGGGCACCAUGCGGAGGCUGCUCAAGUAGGGGCCCCUGCCCCCCUUCCCCUGUCCCUCUGUCCCCGUCCCUGUCCCCCCGUCCCCAUCUCC